CCAAGAGGGGACCCGUCGACAAAGAAAUAAGAGAAUCCAACUUUAUAAUCAAACACGAAAUUCACAAUACACAUCCACUGUAUUCUCCUCUUUUAUGUGUCUGAGAGAGAGGCAACAAAGCAACAGAACACACAUACAGAUAUAUAUUAUAUAGAGCAUAAAGUAUGAGUAGAAAGGAAUACACAGUACCGAAGGGUGAUUUAUGGGGGCACUUAAGACAAGCAGAGAAAGUUGGAGAAGAAACUGAAGGAAACAGAAGGUCGUCGCAUGUGCACGACCAUCAGAAGUCCUACAAUCAUCUUGUCUGCAUGUCAAAUUAUGAUAUCACCGAGCUGGGAUGGGAGAAUGGCCAGCCAUUAAUGCAUGAACAUGUGGGGAUCCUUCCAGCUGUUCCAGAUUCAAAAACCACAUGGGAUAGGACCGACGAUACACUUGAGUCCAUUGUUCAUCAAGCUACAUACCCGAAUGUAAACUUGCCUGAAUUUGAUCAUCACCUGAAUCAAAAUCAUCAAUUGACAAACAAGAACUCCAUUGUCACACCCUCUACCAGAAUAUGGGGCGAAAAUUCCAACCACGUAGAAAUGAGUCCCCCGGUGUACACCAAGAAGCGGGUCCAAUCAUCAGAACACUCAGAUCAAUGUAGAGGAAUGAAUAACUUGACCAUUAGUCACCAGAAUCACGCUGAUAAAAGGCCAUGUGGCAGUGGCAAUGCAACCUUUGCUAAAAACAAUGAUGCAACUAUGAUGACAUGGGCUUCUCUCGAAUCUCCUAGGAGCAUGAGAUCGAAAACUAAGCCUGUGGAUGAGGAUUCAGCUUGCCAUGCUGGAUCAGAAAUUCCAGAUGAAGAGCCUGUGAACAAGGGUGAAACAGCUCCAUCCCACUCAAGUAAACGAAGCAGAGUAGCUGCUGUUCAUAAUCAAUCAGAAAGGAAACGUAGAGACAGGAUCAACCAGAAGAUGAAAACUCUGCAGAGGCUGGUGCCUAAUGCAAAUAAGACUGAUAAAGCUUCGAUGCUUGAUGAGGUAAUCGAGCACUUAAAACAACUUCAAGCACAAGUUCAGAUGAUGAGUUCUAGAAAUAUACCCCAUAUGAUGAUGCCUCUAGGAAUGCAGCAACAGCUACAGAUGUCUCUUCUUGCACGGAUGGGAAUGGGUGCUGCCCCGGGGUUGAAUUUUGGGUCGAUGCUUGACAUGACUAACAUAGCUCGAACUGCAUCUCAACCUCAUCCUUCCUUAAUCCACCCUAACUCUGCCACCACAGCGGUUACUCCCACAUUUAUUCCGCCACAGUUUAUGUUUCCACCCAUGAUUUCCAGACAAGUCCAGUCACAAGCAAACAUGGUUCAGGAAGCUACAGGCACCAAUCCUGUCCCAUUCAGUGAUCCAUACAGAGCACUGCUGACGCAAUCCAUGAAUAUGGAACUCAACAACAAGAUGGCUGCAGCGGUCUAUCAGCAACAACUUAAUCAGGCAGCACAGACAACAAAUGGCACUUCAAACCCAAAACAUGUACAAAGAGAAUGAUGUAAACUACUUUUAUUUACAAUCUAUCGCGAGGAAUUACUAUAUGUAUGUUAAACUAGAAGCAUCCUCAGCAGUUUUGGGAUAUAUAGACCAUUACAUAUA